UAUUAACUACAAAUCCUCUCUCAUCUGAAACUGUGGCUUUUUAAAUCAAUUAACCCACCUUACGGGCUGCCUCAAUCCCAAUCCGUCGACUUGUGAUAUCAUCUAUCCUCUCGCCCGCGCAAAAGAGCGCAUUGCCUUAGAAGGGAAAAAAUGGUAUACCUCCUCUACUCCAUAACCUUCCUAGUCCUCGUCACCGGCACGAUCCUCUACCUAACGCGGACCCACUGGAUCCCGCUCGUCCCGGGCCGCUCCCACCUAUACUCGCGACUCCCGGGUUCGUUCGCCGGGGACAUGGAGGCGGGCCUGUCGAGCAGCACGUUCGACCUGGCCGGGAACGUGGAAGGGGGCGACGCCCGCGCGGGCCUCGACGACGAGGCCAAGGCCCAGAUCCUCGCCAUCAUGAAGAAGCGACGCAUGCGCUUCGACGACGCCCGCAAGGUCUACAUGGAGCUGCGCUUCAGCGCCAACGGCAUCGCUGCUGAUGGCCGGCCUAAGGAUCCUAAGUUUGUCAGUUUCUCGUAGGGCAAGAGGAAAGAAAGGGGGGGGAGAGAUAUGGGUGCGGACGGUUGAGUCCCCGACCCCCGACUUUCUGUAAGGACCCUACCCUACUUGGGCAUGUGUACAUUAUACGGUUGUGCUGGUAUGGAUGGAGGUGUGUCUUGGGCUGAGCCGGUUGCCAGCGUAGACGCUGGGGACGGACGGAUGGUAGGUGUGUGUGUGCAUUAGGGACUACGGACCGACCUAUAUUCAUCGCGAUAAGCGUUCGCUUUUUUUUUUUUCUCUCUCUUUUUUUCUUUACUUAUUUUGCGACGGCGUUUACGGAACUGAACAUAUUUGCUGGUGGGGGUUUUAUUGCUUUUGUCGCAAGGGGAGAGAAGACAUUCCCAACCCGACGUCUAGCUCUCCUCAACUAUACGAUAUUAAUCGUUUAACUACCUACGCGGGAAUAUACCCAGACAAGAGCAAGGAGUUUCCUCAUUGAAACAUCUCUCUCAUUUUCCUAUGUAACCGCGGCGUUACGAGCAUAGGGAACGGUAAUGGGUCGUUUUAAAUACCUUAGGUAUAUACAACCCACCACAAUUUUGGCAAUCUCUCAAUAACAAUUUCCAAGUCUAAGCCCAGUGCCGCUUCGCG